GUCCACUCAGUAGGUUUUCUUUUUUCUUUCCAAUCUUUCAACCAUGACAGACCCAGCUUGCUCCAAUCUCUUCACUGGAUGCUUCAACUUCAUGCCUCUCAAUCCCCACUACACUUCUUUCACUACUCCAAAUCACCCAAACCCUUCUUCUCAAGCUCACACAAACAACAUAAUCAUCAACAAAUCUUCCAUUCAAGGUCAAAGCACUUAUCCUUCCUCACCGCCCCGCAAAGAAGCUCUUCCCCUCAUCAAUUAUCUAAGUCCCACAGGGCAAGAAGAGACUGAACCCUCAAGCAGCUCCGUGGAAGAGGAUAAGAACAUGAGCAAAGAGGAGAGCCUCUUUUCCAGCACCGUUGAUGAUGAAGCUGUAACUGUAGCCCUACACAUAGGCCUACCUAGCCCUAGUAAUUCCGAUCUGAGGUUUAGGGUCUCUCCAUCUGCAGAUGUGACAGACAAAGGAGAGAAUGGGAGUGCAGUUUCUGGGUAUCCUUUGAGCAAGGGACAGUAUUGGAUUCCCACCCCUACCCAGAUUCUCGUUGGUCCUACACAGUUUUCAUGUCCUGUCUGCUGCAAGACCUUUAAUAGAUACAACAACCUGCAGAUGCAUAUGUGGGGGCAUGGAUCUCAGUACAGAAAGGGACCUGACUCUCUAAGAGGAAGCCAGCCAACAGCCAUGCUAAGACUCCCUUGUUAUUGCUGUGCACCAGGUUGUAAGCACAACAUCGAUCACCCGAGAGCAAGACCUCUCAAAGAUUUCAGAACUCUCCAAACGCACUACAAAAGAAAACAUGGGAUCAAACCCUUCAUGUGUAGAAAAUGUGAGGAGGCAUUUGCGGUGAAAGGGGACUGGAGAACCCACGAGAAGAACUGCGGAAAGAUUUGGUAUUGCAUUUGUGGGUCUGACUUCAAGCACAAGAGGUCUUAAAAAGAUCACAUCAAGGCAUUUGGCCCUGGUCAUGGGGCUUUCGGCAUCGAUUCUUUAGAAGAGGAUGAUGAACCCGCAUCGGAAUUUGAGGUUGAUUGUGAGUCCUCAAUGUGAAAUGCAUGAAAUCUAGCCAAACACGUACUUAGUUUUUUCGGUUACAUUUUUAAGUUGUUGCUUACGAGCCAUGGGUAGUUGUUUAUAUAUGAUCACUUCUUUCUGUAUAUGUAUCUUGCUCGAGCUUGGUUUUGUUUCCUCUUCUUUGGUUUGACCCAGUUCUGAAUCCACCCACCUUGA